AUGUACGUUCUCGAAUUUUCCGAAGAUUUUGGAGGUCCCGAAGAUGACUUCGCGUUCCAAAAGACCACCAUAGUCUACGAAAUGUCCGGCUCAAUCUACAGAGCAUUCUCUAGAAAGCGAUAUGCAUCCAAAGAAGAGAUCCAGUUCGGCGACAUGUACAGCACCAACAAAAUCCAAGGGGCCCUCAUUUUCCCAGAGUUCUCGGACGAAUUCACAAAGGCAGAAAGGCCUUCGGAUUGUUCCGCCUGGUAUCUGAAAAAGCCGAGCCUCUCACCCUACAGUCCCCAAUAUCCCGCUUUGAUCAGAGAAACUUGGAUAGAAGAAGUGAAAACCUGCGAACUUCUGAAGAACAACCCGCACCCGAAUAUUGCCCAAUACCACGGCUGUGCCGUUGUCAGCGAUGGGUCAAUCAGGGGUAUUUAUUUCACAAAGUAUGAUGAAACGCUCAUGGCCAGAGUAAACCCUACCAGAAGCAAUAAGGUAGACUUUGCAAACCAGAGACGCGGUGCUGACCGAGAGGAGGUCGAUCGUUGGGUGGAGGGAAUUGCACGGGGCCUGAGACACCUCCAUGGGUUGGGGAUUGUCCAUAAUGAUAUCAACCCGUGCAACAUCAUGUUUCAAGGCGAUACUCCUGUCAUUAUUGAUUUUGACUCCACUCGGCCUCAUGGUCAUGAUUUGAGCUUGGUUAAGCGCACACAGGGGUGGCAUAGUGAGAAACCCAAAGUCGCUUUGCCAAUCAAUGAUAUCGCUGCGUUACUGGAGAUACAGUUAUGGCUCUUGGGGGAAGUGGAUCAGUUUCAAUUUUGA